AUGACUGUUCGGAGGAAGGAUGCCAAAUCUGUGAAGAUCAAGAAGAACCCAGAAAAUGUGAAGUUUAAAGUCCGUUGUUCAAGAUUUCUGUAUACUCUUGUGGUAACUGGUAAGGAAAAGGCAGAGAAGUUGAAACAGUCUUUACCUCCUGGUCUUCAGAAAGAAGUAAGCGAGACGGAGUGGAUUGAGGUAAGCGAAGAGAGGAAGAAGACGUGGGGAUUAUCUCAGGAAAGUCGAGAAAGGGGAAGGAAGACGCAAUUUCUAAAUUGCAAGGGAAUCACGUGGAGGUAG